CACCUGUUACACAUAGCCGGCUUGGAGGUAUAAAAGGACCGCCUACCUAUUACAAGAAGGAUAUUAUAUACUCCCUAACCUGGGCAGUCAUCCAGGCAAAGAUAUUCUGUUCAGAGAGUCAAUAGGUACUGUGGAGUGGACAAGAAAUAAGAGAAAGACAGUGAAUUUUAAAGAAGAAAGUAGAGGCAGCUCACACCAAAAGAAGAAAGGGAUUUUUCUCUCGAAAGGAAAACAUUGCUUAGAAAAGAGGAACUUCCAAAGAAGGGUGCUGUUCGAAGUCCUCUGAUACCACCAAAGAAUUAUACUACUUAUUUUACAACUCAUAAACCACAUUUAGUUGCCAACAUGUCUAUGGGACUUGAGAUCCUGGGUGUAGCCCUGUCCAUUAUCGGAUGGCUGGGAGCCAUUGUUUGCUGCGCUCUUCCAAUGUGGAGAGUAACUGCGUUUAUCGGUAGCAACAUUGUAGUGGCUCAGAUCAUCUGGGAAGGUCUAUGGAUGAACUGUGUGGUGCAGAGCACAGGGCAGAUGCAGUGCAAAGUAUACGACUCCCUGCUUGCUCUUGCUCAGGAUCUACAGGCAGCGCGUGCUCUCAUUGUCAUCUCAAUUGUCAUAGCUGUGCUUGGAGUCCUCAUCUCCAUUAUCGGAGCCAAGUGCACCAACUGUGUCCAGGAUGAGGCGACGAAGGCAAAGAUCAUGAUUGUGUCUGGGGUUAUUUUCAUCCUUGCUGGGCUGAUGACCCUCAUCCCUGUGUCUUGGUCUGCUAAUACCGUCAUUCGUGACUUCUACAACCCAUUGGUGGUGGACUCUAUGAAGAGGGAGCUUGGAGCCUGCAUGUAUAUAGGUUGGGCAGCCUCGGCUCUCCUCAUGCUUGGAGGUGCCAUGUUAUGCUGUUCUUGCCCACCCAAACAAGAGAAAUACCCUGCAUCACGAGUGGCAUAUUCUGCUGCCCGCUCUACGAAUCCUGGCUACGACCGAAAAGACUAUGUUUAAAAGAAAGUGGACUUUCUUUACUAAAUAACUUUACAACUCUUACCUAAAACACGGACAGGAGGAGACUUGCGGCAUAAUCAUGGAAAACAGACCGAAGACAUCACCUUCUAACACUUACAAAUAAUCCUCGUGAUAUUGUAACUGUUUAUACGUGUUAUAUAUAUAUGUACGUAUAAUAUGUAUUUUAGUCAGCAUUGCCCUUUUUAAUGGCACCGUUUGUUUGUGUGUGUGUGUAUGUGAAUAUAUGGGAAAUUAGAUGGCUAUUUCCCAGUGUCGUGGCAAUGGUAAAAUAUGUUUGAACUGGGAGGGGCAAAUGUUGGCAUAGAUGAGGUGGCUUAAACAGUGUAACCCUUUUUAUGCUGGGAAGGAAGCAAGCCUUUCUUACUGUACAUAGACAUGUAUUCUAUACCUGUGAUAAAGCACAAAGGUUAAUCUAA